AUGACCCUCUCGUCCACUUUUGACCGACGCCACGGGUGCUGGCAGGUCCAACACGGUCCCCAUCCUGCGCAUCGUUGCCGCAUCCAGGGCCCUCCCAGUGCUCUGUUCGCGUGGACGUUCCUCCCAAAAACCCGUUCGCCGGGAAUUUCUUUGAACUUUCGUCCUCGUCGUGUACACUUCACAUUUCGCGUCAAUAUGCCUUCGUUUGGCCAUCUGCACGUACACUGGACCGUCGUGGUCGCGGUGCUGCUGCUGCUGCUGCUGCUCUACGUGACCGCUGGCGUGGUGUAUCGUCUGUAUUUCAGUCCCCUGGCCAAGUUUCCGGGUCCGAGGUUGGCUGCGGCGACGUUGUGGUACGAGGCCUAUUACGAUGUGAUCAAGGGGGGUCAAUACACGUUUAAGAUUAAGGAAUUGCAUCAGAAAUAUGGUCCAAUUGUGAGAAUCAGCCCUCAUGAGCUUCAUAUUGAUGAUCCGGAUUAUUAUGAAGUACUCUCAUCGCGAACUUCUCCAAGGAACAAAUAUCAGUAUUACGUGGAUCAGUUUGGUCUUCCCGGAUCCUCCUUCAGCGCAGUAGACCACCGCCUGCAUCGUCUCCGGCGCCAACCUCUCAACCUCUUAUUCUCCAAAGCAAGCAUCAUUCGUCUCGAACCCACCAUCAACAGCAUCAUCGAGAACCUCUGCCACCGCCUCGACGAAUUCAAGAAAUCAGGUCAACCGGUUCCCAUUAGAUUAGCGUACCAAUGUCUCGCCACCGACGUUGUCACCCUCUAUUCCUUCAACAAAUCCUGGAAUUACCUGGAUGAUCCAGAUUUUGCUCCGAACUGGUGUGAGACGGUCAAGGCGACGGCCGAUAUGGGACAUACGACCAAGCAAUUUCCAUGGUUGUUUCCCGUUCUGGAGGCGUUACCUGAUAGUGCCGUAGCUGCUGUUUUCCCGGGCAUGUUGUUAUUACUUAACUGGCGAAGAAGUCUCGCAGCACACAUCCAAAAAUCCAUCGACAGCAACGCCAAAGGUGAAGACAUCGGCGGCGAACUACCCCGCAGUAUAUUCCAAUCACUACUCGAAUCUAAUAUCCCAAAAGAGGAAAAGACUCUUCUCAGGUUAACCCAGGAAGGUCAAGUUGUUGUUGGUGCUGGAGCUGAUACCACUGGAAAUGUAUUGACAAUCACGACGUUUCAUCUCUUGAGCAAUCCUGAUAUCCUGGCCAAAUUGCGAAAAGAACUCGAAGAAGCGAUGCCAAAUCAAUUCCAGCCCGCGAAACUAUCCGUCGUGGAAAAUCUCCCAUAUCUAACAGCCGUAGUCAACGAAGGUCUACGUCUCUCGUACGGUCUCUCCACCCGUCUCGCACGAAUCGCACCAAAUGAAGUCCUUCAAUACAAAGAUUGGGCUAUUCCAGCUGGUACGCCCGUAGGAAUGACCUCCGUCCUCAUGCACCACAACGAAACCAUCUUUCCAGACUCCUACACCUUCAACCCGAAUCGCUGGUUCGAUCAACCAGAUGGCGGUCGCGCGCUGGAACGAUAUCUGGUUUCUUUUGGGAAGGGGUCGAGACAGUGUAUUGGAAUGAACCUAGCAAAAGCAGAGAUCUACCUCACUCUCGCGACUCUCUUCCGGCGGUACAACAUGACCCUCCACGACACGAUCCGUUCCCGUGACAUAGAUCUGAAAUACGACGGUUUCCUCCCGCAACCAGGACCGGAGAGUCGGGGCGUGCGUGUUAUUUUCAGUUGA